AAUGAAACAAAUCGGAACGCUCAUCAUAUGUCGGAGUGUUUUGUCUCUGAAAUCAAACAAAUCGAAACGCUUGUCCUCGCUGAUUUGCCUAACUUCAACGGAGGAAUAACCAUCCAAUUCAUCCACAUGUCAAUGGAUCUUGAUACAUAUGAAAUAUGAUGUUGAUGGCAUAAACCUGAAAAAAGAACUCAAGUUGUAUAGAAUGGAGCUUGAUUUGAAUGAGGAGCCUUUGGACCCAACUCAUAGUUCAGUUGUUGAAUUUGAUUCUAUAUUGGAUGAACUAGAAUCUGCCCAUGGAGAUAUACAGGACCGUAUUAGACACCUUGAAGCAGUGACUUCCAGAGCUAGGCAGCGUCAGAGGUGGCCGUCGGUUCACUCUCCGAUUCAGAUAACCAACUUUACGGGAGGAUCCGCAGCAGAUAAUGCUCAAGAUGAAGGAAUGGAGCAUCAGGAAGUUGAAGAAGGAAUAGUUGAAAGUGGGAAAGGGGUCAAUGGGAAGGGUUCUCAUUUAAUAGCUAAAGCAUUGGGUGGGGUGGAAACAGAUGCCUGCAAGGCAGGGGGCAGCACUGGAAAUCUUUUUGAUUGUAAUAUAUGCUUUGGCAAGGCAAGAGAUCCUGUUUUGACAUGUUGUGGUCACUUGUUUUGUUGGCCAUGCUUCUAUCAGUUGCCAUAUGCUUAUUCAAAGGCUACGGAAUGUCCUGUGUGCAAUGGAGAGGUCACUGAAACAGGUAUUAUUCCAAUUUAUGGCAAUGCAAGUGGCAGUAGCAAAUGUCAGGAUGAAUUAAAAGAAGCUGGUUUGAGAGUUCCAUCUCGACCUCGAGCUCCUAGAAUUGAGAGUACUAGGCAGCAGCUAAUAAGCCAAGGAGCAUCAUCUUCUUCUGUGAUCCGAAAUAUUCGGCAGUUUCAUAACCUUGUUAGCGGAUUAGGAGAGCAAGUUCAGUCAGAAAGGCCCAAUACUGCAACUGAUAGAAACAGUAUUUUGCUUUCUCAAUCUCGCCUGCGGACAGACAGUAAUCAACAUACUGUUUCCCAUCCAGUUUCAAGGUUGUUCGUACAAGGAGCUGCUUCAUUUUCAUCCCUUUCAUCAGCAUUAAAUUCUGCAAUGGAUUCUGCAGAAAGAUUAGUUGAGGACCUUGAAUCUCAUAUGCAUGAUCACCAGGUAGGAGGAAGCAGGCAGUCGAAUCCUCGUGCUGUUAAUAGAAAUUCAACUUUUAGAGAUGCUGCUACAAAUCUGCCAGAGAGUCUUGCUCGAGAUGUUACUGCAACGAAUUCCACAGCCGCAGCUUAUGUGCCUCCUUCAAGUAGGAAUGUUGACACAAUUGCUGUUUUAGGCUCAGAGACAACACAUAGGAGGAGAAGAAGAAGAACUGAGGUUUUAAGACGAUUUUCAACUGCGCCCAGAAGAAGGAGGCCAAGAUGAUGGUCUUUUAUGUUACAUAUAUCAUAUAGAUCAUAUUGAUGGAAGGUUCCUAGUUUAUACCUGUACUGCAAUUUGUUUGUCAUACAAAAUUCAGUUUCUUUGUCUGCAACAAAUAUGUUUUUUAAUUUAUGUAAAAAGUGUAAACAACCAUUUCGUGCAAUUUGUAUGACAUAGCCAAUUUUAUUUAACGGA